AGAUUCAAGAUGGCGCAGAUCUCUUCACCCGAAUCGCCGACCAAAUUAGCCAUUGACGAUGAGUACGAUAUCAUGCAAUAUUAUGUGGUCGACGGGGUUAGAUUACCACCAUUUUGCAGAGGAAAGAUGCAGGAUGUGGCAAGCUUCCCUGUGAGAAAAGAUGACGUGUGGAUUGUGAGUUAUCCACGAGCAGGGGUGUGGCUACAAGAUCUGAUUUACCUCCUUCUUGAGGGAGGUGACCUCCGUAAGACUGAUAUUCGUCUUGAGACGGUAGAGGAUGCUAUCCCUUUCUUGGAGGCGCCAAGUCCAGGGCUGGAGACCCUCAAGAGCCUGCCCUCGCCUCGCUACAUCAAGUCACAUCUGCCAUAUGGGUUGCUGCCAGAUGGUGUCAAGAACAAGGAAUGCAAGGUCAUCUACAUAGCCAGGAAUCCAAAGGAUGUCAUGUGUUCCUUCUAUGAUUUCCACCGGACCGUUCGUAUGGUGCACUACAAGGGAACUUUCCAUCAAUUCUUUUAUCGCUUCAUCAAUAGCAAAUUGGGAUAUGGUUCCUACUUCAAGCAUGUCCUAGAGUGGUGGGACCAUAGGAAAGAGGACAACUUUCUCUUCCUUAAAUAUGAAGACGUUCGUUCGAGUACAAGCUCAAGCGUACAGCAGUUGGCAAACUUCCUGGAGCGACCAUUAACACCUGAGGCUCUUAAAGACAUCUGCACACACUUUGAAGAAGAAAUGAUGUACAAUCGCAAAGAGGAUCGCGUUGGGUAUUGGAAGUACUAUUUCACUGUCCACAUGAAUGAGAAAUUCGACAAGCUAUUACCGGACAAGUUGCCCACAAGUAGUGGGCUGGACUUCCAGUUUACGCUGUAAUCUGAUUGGCUGAGAUCAGAAAUCAACAGGUGCUUUGAAUUGAUUUUCAUGUUUUUAUGUUAUUUGCGUACUCAAACUUUUGAAUGAGGUGUAAAAGGCACUGGACUCAUUUGGUAGUUACUCAAAAUAUAUACUGGCAUUAAUACCUAAUUCGUAAAGAGCAACGGAGCGCUGUUGUCAUAUAAAACAUUGUGUGAAAUGACUCCCUCUGAAGUAACAUAGUUUUUGAGAAAAAGGUAAUUUCUUGAGAAAAAG